AAUUAUUAUAUUUCGCCCUGCCUGCUCCAUCCCGGCCAAAACCCUCUCUCUCUCUCACAAUCUGCGACAAAUCAAGAUGUUAGAAAGCAAGAGACCGCGUUCGCCUUUGCCUUUGAGGCGGACGACAAGCAUGAAGGAUGUGUCGGCGAAGGACGGGCCGCCCCCGCCCCCGCCCCCGUCCGACCAAGAGAUUCCGGCAACCGUCGACGAAAAUAGGCAACAGCGGCGGCGGAGGGUGGCUGAAGUCCAGAAGUUAGAACGGCGGUGGAACGGAACUGAUUCGACGGUGGCGCCAUCGGUGGAGAUGCUUUCAUCAUUGGGAUCUGCAGGAGGCGCCGGCGAUUUUCCGGCAGCGACGACGAUAAAGCUUUCUCCUUUCCUUGUGGAUUGUUCACUCUGCAAGUUGCAUCUCCUCCCCUCCUGCGACAUCUUCAUGUAUAGGGGUGAAGCCUUCUGCAGCUUGAAGUGUCGUCAGCAGCUGAUAAAUCAUGAUAUAAAGAAGGAGAAAUUGAAGUUAUUCCUCUUCUCCAUGAUGAAGAAGGCCUCUGCUCAGACGAACUCUCAGGCAUCUAAGGCUUCAGGAAAAGCUGAAGAAACAAUGGCUGCCGCCUGAGAAGAAGAAGCUUAGCUUCACACCUUACAUGCUUAGAAGAUAGCUUAGAUUUUUUUUUUUUUUUUUUUGGGUAGUUUGAGCUGUUCAUAGCUUCAGUACUGUUCUCUUCUUCGUUUGUUUCAUUUUCUAUCUAUUAUUAUGCAUUAUAUUCAGAAAAUAUAUGAAUUUUAGGUAUAAAUUAUGAAGCU